UUAAUUUUGCUUACCAGAGAAGGAAUCUUGAGGAGUAAAGAAGAUUCUUUUAGUGCCAUACUAUCUAUAGUCAUAGAUAUACUGUACUCAUACGAUCAUUCUUUUUUCUUAAUAAUAUACCAGUAUUGAGGGUGAGGCUUGCUGUUUUUCCCAAUUUAGGGUUGCAAUUUUAUUUGGUGACAUUGUGACAUUUUAGAUGUGAAAAUGUUGUGAGGAUGCAAUAAUUCAUUUAAGCUGCCCAAUGCAAUCAACUCUUUUAAAAAUUUACUAUUUGCCCAUGCUGUAAAUAUGGAGAAAAGGAUAUAUAGGUGUAAGCAUAACUAAAGCUUAGUAUAACACAUACUUGUUUGGAUCUUCUGUUUUGGUCAAUAUCUUGACACAGGCAGAACAAUCUUAUAGCAGGCAUACUCUUCUCAACUAUCUCAGCGUAAAUAUUAAUUUAUUAGGUUUAUAUUACCACCAAAUUACAAAGGCCCAAGGCAGUUGAAGUCUACAUGCCAAGAAACACCUCAUAUGAAGGUGCAUCGUUAAAGAACACAGCAAUGGGAGGAGCAGUUUUCUAUAUUGCUUCAACUUUAGUAAAUUUAAUUAGAGGUAAAUUUGGAAGACAUGCAACAUCAUAAUGAACAAUUGGGUUAUUUUGACAGAUGAUGAUUCAGUCAGCACAAUUUCAGAGGAUACAUGUGGAUUCUCAGUGUAUAAACAGGCACCUGGGACAGGUAAGCUUUUUCUUUACUUCUGAUCAACAAUGGGAGAAGAUUACUCAGAAAAAUAUUUUAUGAAUUGUGGUUCUAGAUGGGAGUAUCUAAAGUGGUACACAGUCCUAAUUUCUUUAUAUAAUAUUCCAUAUUUUGGGGUUUUUUUAGGUGUUUGCCUAGUUAAACUCAUUGAAUCUUUUUAUGAGGGGAAAUGCAAUAUCUGUUUUUAAUUUGUGAAAUACCUUUGUUCCAUUUUGUAUCUUCAGACAUUCAGAUGACCUUGGAUGAAGCCCAAAAUCACUUUAGAGUUAUUACCGUCAAUGACACAGGAGCAGGAAAGCAUUGGUGCGACAAUGAAGUCAGGGCUCUAAUAAAUAUAUGGUCAGAUGAGGAAAUACAACAAAUGCUUGAAGGAGCAACGAGGAAUAAAGAAAUAUUUGAGGAGAUUGCUAGAAGGCUAAUGAAAGUUGGAAUAGACAGAGACUGGAAACAGUGUCGUACAAAAUACAAGAACUUAAAAUAUGAGUAUCGAGCGGUGCAGAAAGAAAACAAUCAGAUUGGUAACGCAAGCAGGAAGAUGAGAUUUUAUGACGAAAUUGACUGCAUUUUGAGGAAUCAGCCGCCAGAGAUGCUUACAGAUGUUAUCACAGACCCGAUACCACUGAGAGUCAAGAGGAAAGUCUCUGAAGAAGGUAAUGAUUUUUCACCCUAUCAUUGACUAGAUGUACAAGAGAUAUAAGAUAAUAACAAAAUGCCCAGGCAAUCUGUCCAUUUAUACUGCAUUUAUUGUUUUGUGGAAGCUACUGUGAAGAGAUAAGCAACCCAGGGUGUGUUUCAAAGUACAAGUAAUCCUUGACUUAUGACCACAAUUGAGGACACAAUUUCUGUU